CCGCGGGAGCCGGCGAGGCGUCGGGGCGCGGAGAGGAGCGCCCCUGCCCGGGCACCCGCUGGGCCACGGGACUCGCGUGUGGCCUGAGUGCCGGGGAGGAGGCGGAGGCGCCCCUCCGUCCGGGCUCUGGGAAGGCGGCGAGGGGCUCCGCGGCGGCCCCGGACCCCUGGCCACCAUCCUCACGCUCCUGCUCCCGCCGGGGGGAUGUCGCGGCCCGGGCCCCGAGCGCCGCCCCGGCCCCGGGGCUGAGCUCCGGACCAUGUCCUCCCGCAGCCCCCGGCCCCCGCCCCGCCGUAGCCGCCGCCGCCUGCCGCGCCCCUCCUGCUGCUGCUGCUGCUGCCGCCGCUCGCACCUCAACGAGGACACCGGCCGCUUCGUGCUGCUGGCGGCGCUCAUCGGCCUCUACCUGGUGGCGGGUGCCACAGUCUUUUCCGCGCUGGAGAGCCCCGGCGAGGCGGAGGCGCGGGCGCGCUGGGGCGCCACGCUGCGCAACUUCAGCGCUGCGCACGGCGUGGCCGAGCCGGAGCUGCGCGCCUUCCUCCGGCACUACGAGGCCGCGCUGGCCGCCGGCGUCCGCGCCGACGCGCUGCGCCCGCGCUGGGACUUCCCCGGCGCCUUCUACUUCGUGGGCACCGUGGUGUCAACCAUAGGUUUCGGCAUGACCACCCCCGCGACGGUGGGCGGGAAGGCCUUCCUCAUCGCCUACGGGCUGUUCGGCUGCGCCGGGACCAUCCUGUUCUUCAACCUCUUCCUAGAGCGCAUCAUCUCGCUGCUGGCCUUCAUCAUGCGCGCCUGCCGGGAGCGCCAGCUGCGCCGCAGCGGCCUGCUGCCCGCCACCUUCCGCCGUGGCUCCGCGCUCUCGGAGGCCGACAGCCUGGCGGGCUGGAAGCCCUCGGUGUACCACGUGCUGCUCAUCCUGGGCCUGUUCGCCGUGCUGCUGUCGUGCUGCGCCUCGGCCAUGUACACCAGCGUGGAGGGUUGGGACUACGUGGACUCGCUCUACUUCUGCUUCGUCACCUUCAGCACCAUCGGCUUCGGGGACCUGGUGAGCAGCCAGCACGCCGCCUACCGGAACCAGGGGCUCUACCGCCUGGGCAACUUCCUCUUCAUCCUGCUCGGCGUGUGCUGCAUUUACUCGCUCUUCAACGUCAUCUCCAUCCUCAUCAAGCAGGUGCUCAACUGGAUGCUGCGCAAGCUGAGCUGCCGCUGCUGCGCGCGCUGCUGCCCGGCGCCCGGCGCGCCCCUGGCCCGGCGCAAUGCCAUCACCCCGGGCUCCCGGCUGCGCCGCCGCCUGGCCGCGCUCGGCGCCGACCCCGCGGCCCGCGACAGCGACGCCGAGGGCCGCCGCCUCUCGGGCGAGCUCAUCUCCAUGCGCGACCUCACGGCCUCCAACAAGGUGUCGCUGGCGCUGCUGCAGAAGCAGCUGUCGGAGACGGCCAACGGCUACCCGCGCAGCGUGUGCGUCAACACGCGCCAGAACGGCUUCUCGGGCGGCGUGGGCGCCCUGGGCAUCAUGAACAACCGGCUGGCCGAGACCAGCGCCUCCAGGUAGACCGCCCGUCCGCCCGCGCCAGGGACCCUCUCCAGGCCGCGGGGCCGCCGGGCGUGGUUUGCUUCCCUUCUCUCAGUCACUGCUGGCGCUUUCUUAAUCUUUAUCCAAUAAAAUGAAACAAAAAAAAAUUUUUUUUUAAGAAA